AUGGGCUGCGCUUUCGCAUUUCUCCUGGCAGCCACUGGGCGUAUGGUUAUUACAGGCUCAAAUUACAAUGAUCGCCACUAUGGACUAUAUAACGUUCUCCCAACUCAUAAAUUCCCCGAACCAGUAUCGAACACAGAAGUCUAUCUUUUUACUCAGAAAAAGACCUCAUCAGGCACAAAUUACGCAAUGUACUGCUCACCUACGAAAUCGAUAAGCGAGAUAGUACAAAAUAUUCAAGGGCUGAGUACCCAAGGAAUUCAAGCUGAAUCCAUAACCCCCGGACAUUCUCAGAUGAUGCAAAAGUGUUUGCAAAAAAUCAGGUCAUCUAAAGAUCCAUUACUAUCGGAACUACUUCCUAGCAAAAAGAAGGAUAGCCCAUGCACAAGUAGCAUAAUAUUCGAUCUAGUAAUCAUGCAGCAAAUAAAGUUGGUUGGCAAUAACUAUUUUCCUCUACCGAUGCGCGAGAUAAAUGCGCACAAAAUCAGCGCAGAUACGCACAUGGCUCUGAAGGAUGUUUUACCCAGAGGAAGUAUGUUACUAACUGCAUCCAAAAAUAAAAAGGACAAAGCACUCGUUUGGUAUAAUGGGCGUCUGAUACUGCUAAGGGGUUCGAAGGAGAAAAGCAAAAGAUACUGGGCACCCCAUAAUAAUAUUGAUGACGUGUGGGGGGGUAUUGACUGCAUCAUUGAAUUCAUGACUGAUGAUUUUCCUGACACAACAAAUAUUAUCAGAAAAUUUAACUACAUGAGUGAUUACGUGCGAACUUUUGGUAGCAUAGAGAGAUCGGAGAGCAACGCUGAAACCCUAGACUCUGGAGAUGUUUACAGAAAGUUCGUUGAUGGAUCUCGGGGAUCGCUACAACAAAGUUUAUUCGAAGCGACCCCGGAAGGCUAUGUUUGA